AUGUCCCAGGUAGUCUGCCGAGAAUUCGUUAGCAAUGGCUUUUGCCGUUACGGUGACCGAUGCAAAUUCUAUCAUCCGCCAAAGAAUGGAGGUGGUGGUCGGUCGUUUUCGAGCGCAAACUCGACGCCUCUUGGUGGAGGAAAGCAGAGUUUGAAAUACUGCUUCAACGAAGAGACUCUGCGGACCGAGCUGAAGAAUGACGUCCCCAACUGGCCCAUUUCAGUCUUUGGAGCAGGCAAGCACGAGCCCAAUCUAUUCAGUGGAUGUGACACUUCGCCAGAAGAGUUGAGAUGGAAAAGCGUCCAAGCUAUCGCAGCGAAUAACCCUCAGAGCUACAUCAACGAGGAGAACGAACUCGUAGGGCAAGCCACUAAGACCAUCUCGACCGCUUUGCAGAACCUAUCAGCUGCCGUAAAGCUCGCUGAGAAACUACAUGAUGCCCGGUAUCCGCCAGGGACGAGCUUGGGCGAUCCGAGACCAGCAGGAUUCAAUGAAGAUGCCGUUUUGGCCGGUGGACCUAGCACUACCUCUACUGGAGGAUUUGGACAAAAAGCUGGAUUUGGACAAUCGUCGCCAGGUGGUAGUGCGUUUGGUCAAUCGUCGCCUGGUACUGGUGCCUUCGGGCAACAGGCCUCCUCUGGUAGUGCGUUUGGCCAGUCUGCCUUCGGAUCAGGGACAGGUGCUUUCGGCGCGCCAACGGGUCCCAAAGCCAUGGGUAGUGGCUCGGCUUUUGGCGGAUCCUCUAGUCCUAGCGCUUUUGGAACCUCGGCUUUCGGUCAGAAACCGACGGCGAGUGGUUCUGCAUUUGGAUCAUCAGCUUUCGGAGCAUCAACGUCCAAGUCUGCGUUCGGUGCGUCUAGUCAGCCAGCCUCUGGCUUUGGAACCUCUGCCCAGCCCACCUCGGCGUUUGGCGCAUCGUCGACGCCUCAAUCCGCCUUCGGGACCUCGACAUCUGCGUUUGGAAGCCCAGCGACACAGUCCGCCUUUGGUACUUCAGCCUUUGGUUCUUCAUCCACUCCUCAAUCAGCUUUUGGCUCGUCUUCCUCGGCACCUUCGGCAUUUGCCUCUUCAUCCACACCCACUGCAUCUGCUUUCGGUAGCACCCCUACUCCUCAUUCAGCAUUCGGUGCAUCUGCUUUUGGUGCCAAACCCUCAGGCUCAGCUUUCGGUGCGUCGGCAUUUGGAUCCUCCUCUACUGCACCCUCGGCAUUUGGAGCAUCCAGUGCACCGUCAGCCUUUGGUUCUGCGGCAUCCCCAUCUGCCUUUAGCUCGACCUCGUCGCCAUCGGCUCCAGCCACAACGUCCGCUUUUGGCACGACGUCAACCCCGUCCACUUUUGGCCAGUCAUCCACGCCAGCCUUUGGAUCGACAUCGACCACGACACCUGCGCCCGGGUCUGGAUUCGGCCAGUCGGCAUUUGGCCAGACUAGCAAACCCGCUGGUGGUUUUGGAGCCUUUUCAGGUUCUCAGACUGUCAGCACCAGUGGGGGAUUUGCUGGCUUCGGUCAAACGUCUUCCUCCAGCUCGGCUUUUGGAUCUCCGUCAGUAACUGGAGCAUCUGGCGCGCCACCAUCGAAUCCUUUUGGAGGACAGACCGCUACUUCGAACAGUGCGUUCAGCUCAUCGGCCUUUUCUCAACCGCCUACUUUCACUCCCUCCAUUCCGUCGAAUCCUUUUGGGGGCAACGGUGGCGCAGCUUCAUUCGGCGCCGAUGUCAAAGUUCCCGAAGGCUGGUCUUAUGACGACCCAUGGUCGUACCUCUUGCCCACGAUGGAUGGCGCUGGACCCGGUGGCAAGCUUGACGAGGUGGAUCUGGCGGCUUUCAAAGCAAUGUCAUUUACAUUCGACAGUGUACCUCUCCUUCCUCCCCCUGUAUCACUACGUGGAUGA